CAUUUUUGUCUUGUUAUCAUAAAUUAGUAUACAUUAUACACAUAGAAGAUCGAGGAAAGGUACGAAAGGGGUAAACAUAAUUCAAGUACUUUUCGUAUGGUUCAAUUGUUAUGUAUAUAUUUUACUGUGCGAGUCUGCUCUGUUCGUGCUGUUAAAUUUGAUGUGAAAGGAACCCGAACCUCUCAACACUAAAGACCAUACGCUCCUGUUACGGCAUAGCGUAAUCAUAGCCAUGGCGACUACUGCUUCAUCGCGGGUAGACGAACUCGUACAAACUGUUACCCUUCACAAUCCUCGAAAAUUACUAUUCACGGGCUACGUUCUACCCUCUGUAAUACUACACGUUGUGUGGAUUUAUAGUUGGAUUUUUGUCUACGGAAUUGACGAAUAUUAUGAUGCGGGUUUAGUGGGUAUCGCAGCUAUUGGUGUAUUACAAAUUUUCAUAUGUUUAUGUUGCCAGUGGUCAGUGCAUAUACAUACUUUUCUUAAUUGUAGCUCGGAAAAAAAUCCAUAUAAAGCGAAAAUAGCGAAAGUAGUUCCUACUCCCAACAAUGGAAGUUCAGAACUCGUUAAACUACAUCAUUCUGAACAGCAAGAACCAUGGUUCAUAUUUCAAAAAACCAAAUAUCAUUGGAAUUCGCAUAAAAAAAGUUUUGAAGACCUUCAGUUUCCAAUUAAUCAUUCUGUUAAGCAUUAUUGCGAAUGGAGAGGAUAUUUAGAUGAAAAAGAUAUUGCAGCAGCAGAGGAGAAAUAUGACAAGAAUAAGCUGGAUAUGGUUGUGCCAGAAUUUAGAGAACUAUUCAAAGAAAGAGCAAUUGCACCAUUUUUUGUUUUUCAAUUAUUUUGUGUGGCAUUAUGGUGUUUUGAUAAAUAUUGGUAUUACAGUAUCUUCACAUUAAUUAUGCUUAUUAUGUUUGAGUGUACACUUGUACAGCAACAACUUCGAAAUAUGGCUGAAAUUAGAAAAAUGGGAAACAAGCCAUAUACUAUAAUGGUAUAUAGGAAUAGGCGAUGGCAUUCCAUGUUUACUGACCAACUAGUUCCUGGUGAUAUUGUAUCCAUAACAAGAUCUCAAAAUGAUAAUCUAGUGCCAUGCGAUAUGUUGCUUUUAAGAGGACCUUGUGUUGUUGAUGAGAGUAUGCUAACAGGAGAAUCAGUUCCACAAAUGAAAGAGCCCAUAGAAGAAAUUGAUGGAAAUAGACAAUUAGACAUAGAAGCUGAUAAGCUUCAUAUACUUUUUGGAGGCACAAAAGUUGUGCAACAUACACCACCAAGUAAAAGUGUAUCUGGCCUUAAAGCUACUGACAAUGGCUGUGUGGCCUAUGUUUUGCGUACUGGAUUUUCAACAUCACAGGGAAAACUUCUGAGAACAAUAUUAUUCGGGGUCAAACGUGUUACUGCUAACAAUUUGGAAACAUUUGGUUUUAUUUUGUUUUUGCUCAUUUUUGCAAUUGCUGCAGCAUCAUAUGUGUGGAUUAAAGGAAGUGAAGAUCCUACAAGAAAUAGGUAUAAAUUGUUCUUGGAAUGUACACUUAUUCUUACAUCAGUUGUUCCUCCAGAAUUGCCUAUUGAGUUAUCAUUAGCUGUUAAUACUUCAUUGUUGGCCUUAUCAAAAUUAGGUGUAUUUUGCACUGAACCUUUCAGAAUUCCAUUUGCUGGAAAGGUUGAAAUAUGUUGUUUUGAUAAAACUGGUACUUUAACUAGUGAUAAUUUAGUCGUCGAAGGUAUAGCGGGGAUUGAAGGUAAACCGGAUGUUAUUCAGCUUUCUGAUGCACCUAUAGAAAGUAUUCAAGUACUCGCAACGUGCCAUUCUCUUGUGCAAUUAGAUGAUGGUAUUGUUGGAGAUCCUCUCGAGAAAGCUACGUUGAAAGCUAUUAAAUGGAAUCUUACGAAAACUGAUUCUAUGAUACCCAAAAAAGGACAAUCACCUGUCUUAAAAAUCGUACAAAGACAUCACUUUUCUUCCGCGUUAAAACGAAUGUCAGUCGUAGCAGGAUAUACAAUGCCAGGAUCAUCAGAAAUCAAUUACAUGACCACUGUAAAAGGUGCUCCUGAAAUUAUUAAGAAUAUGUUGUCAUCUAUUCCAGACAAUUAUGAUUCGACGUAUUUGUCACUUUCACGACGUGGAGCUAGAGUAUUAGCUUUAGGUUAUCGAAAACUUCCUGGACCUUUAUCUUCGCAAGAUUUAAGAGAAUUGACGCGAGAAGAUUUAGAAAAGAAUCUUAAUUUUGCUGGAUUUGUAAUCAUAAGUUGCCCACUUAAACCUGAUUCUAAAGCUGUUAUUAAAGAGAUAGUGAAUGCUUCACAUUCGGUUGUUAUGAUUACUGGUGAUAAUCCUUUAACAGCAUGUCACGUUAGCCGUGAAUUGCAUUUUACAAAGAAACCAGUUACGCUUAUAUUGACUGCAACUGAUGGAGAGUGGAUGUGGGAAAGUGUGGAUAGAAAAAUAAUCUUUCCUUUGGAAAUGAAAAAUAUUUCUCGAAAUAAGGAAAUUUGGCGAGAAUAUGCUCUUUGUGUAACGGGAGAAGGUUUAGCACAUUUAAAAGAUAAUGAACGAGAGCUACUUCGUAAAUUGUUACCACAUAUUGUAAUCUUUGCAAGAUGCGAACCAAAACAAAAAGAAUUUAUAAUUGUUUCGUUGCAAAAUUUAGGAUACACAACUCUUAUGUGUGGAGAUGGUACUAAUGAUGUUGGUGCUUUAAAACAUGCUCAAGUGGGUGUCGCUAUUUUAUCGAGUCUACCUGAAAGAACAUCCACUGAAAAGCAAAGUAAUGUGAAAAAUGAACACAUUUCAAAUUCAGCAGUAGCAAAUGGCCCAAGAAAUAAUCCAAGAGUUUCUGCUAAUACUAGAGCAAGAAUACAAAAAUUAUUGGAAGAACUUGAAGAACAAUCUGUUAUAGUUAAGUUGGGAGAUGCUUCAAUUGCUGCACCUUUUACUAGUAAAAUGUCAUCAAUUCAAUGCAUAUGCCAUGUUAUUAAACAAGGACGAUGCACUUUGGUUACCACCUUGCAGAUGUUCAAAAUUUUAGCACUUAAUGCAUUAGGGCUUGCAUACAGCCAAUCUGUCCUUUAUUUAGAUGGAAUAAAGUUCAGUGAUGCACAAGCUACAUUACAAGGUGUUCUUCUCGCUACUUGUUUCUUGUUCAUAUCAAGAUCAAAACCAUUAAAUACAUUGUCUAAACAGAGGCCACUCCCAAACAUUUUCAACUUAUACACGAUUGCAACCGUACUACUUCAAUUUGCAGUGCAUUUUAUUUCUCUUGUGUAUUUAGUUAAGGAAGCCACUUUACUAUCCCCAAAGAGUAAGAAAUUAGCAUCUAUAUUAGCUCCAAGUAAUUUAUCUAAUGAUAGUAUGGCUUUGAAUACAAAUUUUACCGAUGAAGAGCCUUUUGAACCAAAUCUGUUAAACAGUACAGUUUAUAUUAUUGCCAUGGCAAUACAAAUUUCUACGUUUGCAAUUAAUUAUCGGGGUCAUCCAUACAUGGAAAGUUUAUUACAGAAUAAAUCAUUAUUAUAUAGUCUUAUAGGCAAUGCUGUUGUUAUAUUGGGAUUAGCAUGUGGAUUUUUACCCGAGUUAGCAGAACAAUUUGAAAUUGUAGAUUUUCCAAGCGAUUUUCGCAAUAUUUUAGUUCAAGUAUUAAUAGCAGACUUUGUCCUUGCAUACAUAGUUGAUAGAGUCUGUUUAUGGCUUUUUGGAGAAGGAAGACAUCAAAAGCUGUGAUUAGUACACAAUUUCUAUAUUUUACUUUUAACUCCAAAAGUGCGAAAAAUUAAAUAUAUAAGUUUAUUUUCUUGUUCCACAAAGAAUAAGUUUUAAUUAAUUAUUUAAUAUAAUUCUCAUAUUUUAUAAAUUUAUUAUGAUUUACGUGUUAAAUAUAAUGCUUUUAAAAGACUGACCAAUAUAUAAUUGAGAAGUCAUUACUUAAUAACAUUCAUAUUUGUCAAAUUAAUUAUUGCUCUUUAAAAGAUUUAGGAACAAUUCUUCGUGAAACAAGAAAAAAAUUUGAGAAAAAUUGAGAUAUAUGCAGAGUAUUCCACGCAACGCGACGCACAGUUUUCCAAUUAUUUGCGGCUAUGUAAUAAAAGGAAAUUUUGAACAGAAAUUUAUCAGUAUCGAACGUACAACAAACAGCGAUAAUUAGAAUUUUAAAAAUAACAAAUUUUAAAAGCAAACAUUUUGCUUUUAUAGCAACAUCGAGAUUAGAUUAAAUAUUUUUUUCCAUUGUAGGAGUAUAUUGUACGAAUUCAUACAGCAUAUUCUAGGAGUAUAAUGUACGAAUUCAUACAGCAUAUAAUUUUAUGUGUUUAUUAACACAUUUAAUUAACUAUUUGUAUAUUUGUAUACGCGAUAAUGAUAAAUUUUUUUUUAUUAGAUAGCUACAAAUGGCUGAAAAAUUAUGCGUCGCGUUACAUGGAAAAUUCUAUAUAUAUGUGUGUAUGUAUUGAGUAUGUGGUACGUAUGUUUUAAUGAAUGUAUUAUCAUACAAUGUGAAAUAGUAAAGAGAGCAUGCAAUAUGAGUGUACAAAUGAUGAGUAAAUAAUACAGUGUCAUAGUUAUUACAUGUUUAAAGACAAUUUAAGUGUACCUUGAGAACCUCUCUGUUGUGUCACAAACAAAAAAUUGAUUUUGAAUAUUGUAUACAAAAAAAUUAUACUUGUAGAAAUUCGAAAAUUAUGUAAUAGUUAUAAUAUAACUAGACUGCCAAUCUUUAUGCAAUAUCACAUUUUUGUGAAUGUAAUUAAAGCAAUGAAAUCUAUAAAGAAAAUUGUUUCCGUUAAAUUAUAACAAGCAUUCUAUUCCGAUAUUUUAUAUGUUUUUGUUUAUUGUAUAUAUUUUCUGCAUUUUUGUACCUUUAAAUUUUUCAUAAAUACAUAAUAAAGAUCCGCAGUCUAAUUAUAACUGUUUAUUAGAGAUUUUUCUAUUUUAGCAAAAACUAUUAUGUUGUAACUUUUCAAUUUUGUAUAAUUGACAUAUCUUUUUUCAAUUAGUUUUUUUCACUAACAUCACAAAAUAUACAUAUGAUUUACCAAUGUUUAAAUUAAUUUAGCAGUAUAUGUAAUUUAUGUUAUACUUAAAUUUCUGGAUCAGUGUUUUGUUUACUUUUAUAUUAUUUUCAUGUAUGUACAAUAGAAUCAAAUUUAGAGAGAUUACGAAUAGAAAGUAUAAAACUUUAAUUGCAACAUUCCAAUUUUAUUCCAGUCUUAUAUUUAGGAAUAUAAAUAGAACAUAAAUAAACGAAAAUAUAUAUGUCUCUUUUCAUUAAAAGUAUUUGCGUUCCUAUUUGAUCGACAAAUAAUAAUGUAUGGACACCAAAGUAUUGGGCGUGUUUAAUGAAAGCGUGUUUAAUAAUACCUUUGUUAAUACUGCCACUCUUACAACAAUUAACAAAUAGAAAAUGAAUGUCUUAUGUUAGAGAAAAUAUUCAAAAUUCAAUACGGUGUUGUAUCCACCAAAUUAUGUAUGAUGCAAAUUUUCAUAGCAUCAUAUUUUUAGAUCGAAAGUCCUAAGUGAAAGCUGAUUGUAUAUUGUUGCCUUAUAAACGUUUGUAAUUAUCUAUAAUGAUUAUGAUAAAGUAAUUUGUUGUAAACAUCAA